GAGGGGUGAGAAAAGAGAAUUGAAUUGAUAUGUCCAUAAAGUAGACAAAAAACAUUAAUAAUAAUAAUAAUAAUAAUAAUAAUAAUAAUAAUAAUAAUUCUACUCUCUUCUCUUUCUCUUCUCUUGACUUAAUUCAGAAAACAAGCUAAGCUUAAUAGCUAUAACCUUUGUGGUUCUCCUCUCUUUCUAAUUUCUAUUCCAUAACACUUAUAAUUUUCUUAUCUCAAUUCUCACACACAAUUUAUCAAACACUUAAGCUACAUAUUCAUAUAUACACAUAUAUAGUUAUAUACAUAUAUAUACACACUUUUCUUAGCUGAUUUUGUUCUGUUCUUCUAAUGGGGUCUGUUCUGGUCUGUUAAAGGUUUGUUCUUUUUGGUGGGUCUGUGAAAAUUAUUCCCUUUUCAUUGAUGGGUCUCUUACCUUAUAUUAACACCAAAAAACAAAAUAUAGCUUACAGAUGGAUCUAGACUGUAAUCUUUGACAACAUAUAUUCUCAAAUUCUCUGGUCCCCCUUUUUCGUAUCUUGAUUAAUCCGGUUCUUUAUUGGGAAUUCGGAUACAUUUUCGGUACAUUUUAUCAGUUUCGGGAAAUGGAAGAUGUGAAAAUUUCUGAACAGUUGCCUCCAGAAACCUCUUCAUUGUCUCACCAUGAUGAGAUGACUGAUAAAUCAGUUCUGAAUGGAAAAGCCGAAACUGGGAGUGACUUGUCUAUUGGAGAAAGUACUAAGUUAACUGAGACUGUUCAAGCUUCUUUAGAUCAAAACCAACUUGUUCCAACAGAUAAUCAAGCAUCUAGCUCAGCAAUCUCAGUGGAUACAUCUGUCGAAAAUCAACUUUCGUCAGCUUUAGCCUCACCAAAAACAUUCGAUGAAUCAGAGACUCGUGAUGAGGUUGUUAUGAAAAGUUCAGAAAAUGGAGCUGUACAACAUACCUCUAAUGGUAAUGGGGUUGCAGAAGAUACCUAUAAUGAAGCUUCAACAUCGGUGGAGACUUCUGAAACAGGAGCAAAACACGAUGCCUCUGAUGAGCCGAAAUCUCUAGAACAUAGUAUCGAGACUGCCCAUGUGCCUUCUGCUUCAUCACCCGAGCUAACAAUCUCUAAAAGUGACGAUCAUGGUGUACCGCCUAUUGAUCUUUCUCUCCCGGACACAAAAAUUGCCAAGGUUGUUGUCCGUAAAGAAGAUUUUGUUGAUUCUCCUAAACUUGUUAAGCAACUUAUUGCAAAUAGAGGUCUUAUUGAUACAACAGCUCCUUUUGAGUCUGUUAAAGAGGCUGUUUCUAAGUUUGGAGGAAUUGUUGAUUGGAAAGCACAUAAAAUUCAGACAGUAGAGAGACGGAAGCUUGUGGAGCAAGAACUUGAGAAGGCGCAGGGGGAGAUCCCCGAAUACAGGAAAAUAUCAGAGACCGCAGAGCAGUCAAAAGUACAAGUAUUGAAAGAGUUGGACAGCACUAAGAGACUCAUUGAAGAAUUAAAGCUUAAUCUCGAGAGGGCACAAACAGAAGAAGAUCAGGCGAAACAAGACUCAGAACUCGCGAAGCUACGUGUGGAAGAGAUGGAGCAAGGGAUUGCUGAUGAGGCUAGUGUUGCUGCCAAGGCACAGCUCGAGGUUGCUAAGGCCAGGCAUACAGCUGCGGUUUCAGAGCUGAAAUUUGUAAAAGAGGAGUUAGAAGCAUUGCGUAAAGAGUAUUCUUCUUUGGUAACUGACAAAGACGUGGCUGCCAAGAGAGCCGCAGAGGCUGUUGCUGCCUCCAAGGAAGUUGAGAAAACAGUUGAGGAACUCACUAUCGAGCUGAUUGCAACGAAGGAGUCGUUGGAGUCUGCACAUGCUGCACAUUUGGAAGCAGAGGAACAAAGAAUUGGAGCGUCCAUGGCGAGGGAGCAAGAUUCUCUUAAUUGGGAUAAGGAACUAAAACAAGCUGAUGAGGAGAUCCAGAGACUUAACCAACAAAUUCUAUCGGCUAAGGAUCUCAAAUCGAAGCUCGAUGCUGCCUCAGCCUUACUAGUUGAUUUGAAAGCCGAGUUAGCUGCUUACAUGGAAUCGAAGUUGAAGGAGGAAUCUGGUGAAGGAAAAUCAAAUAGUGAAAUAGAGGGAUCAGAGGGAAAAACUCAUACCAACAUUCAAGCAGCAGUUGCUUCAGCCAAGAAUGAGCUCGAGGAAGUAAAGGUCAACAUAGAAAAAGCAUUGGCUGAAGUCAAUUGCUUAAAGAUGGCUGCUCAAUCAUUAAAAGUGGAAGUUGAAACUGAGAAAUCAGCUCUUGCCUCGAUGAGACAGAGAGAAGGAAUGGCAUCGAUAGCUGUUUCAUCUCUUGAAGCCGAUCUGGACAGGACUAAAUCAGAGAUAGCUCUUGUUCAGUCGAAGGAGAAAGAAGUUGCUGAGAAGAUGGUAGAACUACCGAGGAAAUUACAGCAAGCAGCGCAGGACGCUGAUCAGGCCAAGACACUUGCUCAAAUGGCUCGUGAAGAGCUACGAAAGGCAAAGGAAGAAACAGAACAAGCAAAGGCUACAGCAAGCACUAUGGAGAGUAGAUUACUUGCAGCACGAAAAGAAAUUGAGGCUGCCAAAGCUUCGGAAAAAUUGGCUUUGGCAGCUAUCAAGGCCUUGCAAGAGAGUGAAUCAGCUAGAUCAUCUAACGAUGUGGAUUCACCUUCAGGGGUAACACUUUCUUUAGAGGAGUACUAUGAACUAAGCAAGCGAGCACACGAGGCAGAAGAGUUGGCAAACGCGAGGGUUGCAUCAGCCAACUCUGAAAUUGAACUAGCUAAAGAAUCUGAGUUAAGGAGCUUGGAAAAGUUGGACGAAGUUAAUCGGGAGAUGGCUUCUAGAAGAGAAGCAUUGAAAAUCGCAAUGGAUAAGGCCGAGAAGGCCAAGGAAGGGAAGUUGGGAGUAGAACAGGAGCUAAGAAAAUGGAGGGCAGAACACGAGCAACGACGCAAGGCCGGUGAAACUGGUCAUACUGCAGUGAACCCCAUAAAAAGUCCAAGGGCUAGUUUCGAGGGGAGAAAAGAAGCAACCACCUCUGACCGAGUAUCUGAUGCUACUGUUCCUCCUCCCGUACAUUACGCUCCAAGCCCGAAUUCAUAUGCACGCGGGAAUGACAGUGAAACUGAUUCAUUUCAAGAAACCAAGGCUGGAAAGAAAAAGAAGAAAUCUUUGUUCCCGCGAUUUCUUAUGUUCUUGGCAAGGAGAAGAGCACAUUCCACCAAGUCAACAUAACCCCUCUCCUCCUCGGAAUUGGCUAGUGAUAUUCUUUGCUGUUGUGGUUUAAGCUCUUAUUUUUGUUGGUGGUUUCAUUCUCAGGCAGUGAACAUUAUAUACUAAAUUUUACCAUACAGAGAAUUUCUUGGAUGUACAUGUUGGUGGUGAUAAUUUGUUGAAUGUAUUAUAAAGAUGAUUGGAUGAUUUUUGUUUAUGUUGUAAUAAAGUUGGGUUGGACUUGUCAUCAUUAAUUUUGAUGAUUUUGGCCAAAUACUUACUAAUAUGUACUGUACAAGCCUGGAAAAUAUUGAAAAAAUAUACUGCUGUUGUAAUAGUUUUUCCAAGUUUGCAUUGCAUAAUCAAAGAAUUAGUGUGGGGUUUUUUGUGAGCUA